AUGUUAGUGUCAUGUGACCUGACUUAGGCAGGAGGAUGUCGGAUCAAGAAGCUUUAGUAUCUUCUGACAAAACUGAAAACGUUAGCCAAAAAAUAAUAGCAAGCUAUAAAGGAUGGAUUUCGUGUCGUCACAUUAUGGCUCUAUUUUCAUUUCUUGGUUUUGUCAACGUUUAUGCUAUGAGAGUUAAUCUAAGCGUAGCCUUAGUGGCUAUGGUAAAUGCUAGCUAUUCAAAAGACAAUGACACCUCAAACGAAUGUCCCAACCCCAAUGCUAAUACAACUAAACAAUUGAAUACAGGAGAAUUUAAUUGGGAUUCAAAUACUCAAAAUCUAAUUUUAGCUGCUUUCUUUUAUGGAUAUAUUGUUACUCAAAUUCCCGGGGGUUGGAUGGCUGAAAAAUUUGGAGCUAAACUUGUAUACGGCUUAGGGGUGUUAUGUACAUCUAUAUUGACUUUAAUUACGCCUCUAGCAGCUAGAACUAGUGUCGGCCUCUUUGUGGCUGUGAGAAUUUUGGAAGGAAUAGGAGAGGGGGUUACUUUUCCUGCCAUGCAUGCUUUACUUAGUAAAUGGGCUCCUCCUAUGGAAAGAAGUCAGUUAGGGUCUUUUAUUUAUUCAGGAGCACAGCUUGGAACAGUAAUAUCGCUUCCAAUAUCCGGCAUUUUAUGUCAAUCGACAUUCCUUGGUGGUUGGCCCUCCGUGUUUUACAUCUUCGGGACAGUAGGACUUAUUUGGUUUAUUGCUUGGAUUGUAUUUGUCUACGACUCACCAGGUAAACAUCCAAGAAUUUCAAUAGAAGAAUGCCUUUUCCUAGAGCAAACUAUAGGAGAUGCAUCAACGAAACAAAGACCUGCCGUCCCAUGGUUUUCAAUCUUCCUAUCAGUUCCUUUCUGGGCUUUAAUAACUGCUCACUUUUGUAACAACUGGGGAUUUUAUACUCUAUUAACAAACAUGCCCAGAUAUAUGAAAAUCGUUUUAAGGUUCAAUAUAUCAGAAAACGGAUUUUUGUCAGCUUUGCCUUAUCUUACACAAUUAAUACUCAUGUUCCUAUCUGGUGUUGUGGCCGAUCUGCUGAGAAGACGACAGAUUUUAUCUACGACCAUUGUUAGAAAACUCGCAAAUGGCAUCGGUUUAAUGGGACCAGGAAUAUUUCUUGUUGUUAUUAGUUUUAUAGGUUGUAGCAGAUCUGCUGCAGUAAUCUGUUUAACAUUAUCAGUUGGUUUAGGAGGUAUUGCCUCGGCAGGCUUUCAAGUUAAUCAUCUCGAUCUUGCUCCAGCCUUUGCUGGAACAUUGUUGGGAAUCACAAACUCAAUAGCAACAAUACCCGGAUUUGCUGGACCAGCCGUCGUUACUGCAUUUACUGAACAUAAUAACUCUGUACAACAAUGGCAAAAAGUCUUUUUUAUAUCAGCGGGAAUAUAUGCUUUCGGCUCUUUAACCUAUGCAAUAUUUGGUUCUGGCGUUGAACAACCUUGGAGCAUAGCUAAGAAAAAUAAAGAUGAAAAUAUUGACCAAGGACCGCUACUUGAAGAUUCCGAACAAGACUAA